ACUACUACUACUACUACUACUACUACUACUACUACUACUACUACUACUAUACCACUAUUAUUACCACUACCACCAUUACUAAUAAUUCUAAUACUGCUAUUACUACUAACACCGCCACCACUACCACUACACUAAUAUUAUCACUACCACGACCACUACCACUAAUAAUAAUACUACUACUACUAAUAUUAUUGUUACUACUACCACUACCGCUAUCACUAAUACUGCUACUGCUACUACUGAGAUUACCACUACUAAUAUUAUGACUAGUAUUACCAGUACCACUAACACUUCCACUAACACCAACACUAGGAAAACAUUUACCACCACCAUUACUGACAUUACCACUGAUAACUCUAAUAAAACUACUACUACUACUAUCACUACUACUAAUACUAUUACUACUGCUACUACCACUACCAUUGUCACUAACACUACAACCGUCACUACCACUACCACUACCAAUAAAACCACCACUAACACUACCAAUACCACUAACACUAACAGUACCACUACCAGUACCUCUUCCAAUACCACUACCUCUAAAACUACCACUAACACUAGCACUACAACUAACACUACCAUUGCUAUUACCACUAUCACUGCCACUAACACUCACGCUAAAAAUACCACUACCGCUACAACUACCACUAAGACUAUUACCGCUACUACUACCACCACUACUACUAUAACGCCAAUAAUUCUGCUACUACGCAUACCUAUACUACCAAUAAUAUAACUACUACAACAACUACUACUACUAAUAUUACUACUGCUAC